AGGAGCCCGGUAGACAAGAUUGCUUUAUAACAGAAGCCAAAAGUUAGUAGCCAGGUCGUGGGCGGGACAUUGGAGUGACGGCAAAGACUUGGAGUGAGCCGAACACAGUGGUGCAGGGUGUAUUUUGAAGAAAGAAUUACCUCUGAUUUCGAUACUGUUUACUCAGUUUGGUAGCAGCAACAACACUGCUGGAAAAUGGGGGAUAUGAAGCUACAGGACAUGCACAGCGAUGUGAAGGAAGUCACCGAAUUGAUGAGAAAUAAUUAUAUUAAAGUUGAAGAGAGGGAUGGCAAGCUAAAGGAUCUGGAAGAGCGGUCGGAUGUAUUGCUGCAGAAGAGUGAUGCCUUCGUUAAGACCACCAAAACAGUGAUGACACAUCAGAACCGGCGCAACAGAAAGUUAAAUUUAAUAAUUAUUGGCAUUGUAGUUGUAAUUCUUGUGAUAGUGUUAGUGGUAAUUGUUUAUUUUACAAUUCCAGCAACUGCAACCACUACCACUACCAAUACUCAUACUACUACUGCACCCAAGUAAGGCAGCCUAUUAAUGAAAGCCUACCACAUGAAUGCAGUGACUUUUCUUCAUUUGUAGAAUGUGCUGUCAUUUCCUGCCAUAGCCGAACACAGAAGAGAGACAUUAUUUGCAGAAUAAGUCAGAUAAUUGCAGAUAAAAUUAAUCAUCUGAAGACACCAUCCAGUAUGAAGGUGGAUAACAGCCAGAAGACAAAUCUAGAUAAAUUUCAGUUGUUCUUGUUUCAUCUUUGUACCUGUGACUGACAUUUAAACUCAUUGUGAUACUGAAAUUUGAAGUGUCUUUCAGCAUGCAAACCCUUAUGCUCACUGAGCAUACAUCUUGUGCUGAGUUGUGUUUCCAGUCCCAUCAUGUGUUGUUUUACACUA